AUGUCUAAACCCGAGCCCAUCGCCAUUAUUGGUACGGCCUGCCGCUUUGCUGGCCCGGCCACUUCACCUUCUAAGCUCUGGGACCUACUUAAGUCACCACAGAACAAUGACUUGCGGCGUCCUGUUGACGACCGCUUCAGCACCAAAGGCUUCCAUCAUCGCGAUGGCACUUAUCAUGGACACACCAACGCCACACAAGCGUAUCUCCUUGAUUCGGAUCCGGCUUACUUCGACGCCGAUUUCUUUAGUGUCAAGCCCGUCGAGGCCCGGGCUCUCGACCCACAGCAGCGGCUGCUCCUUGAAGUAGUCUAUGAGUCGCUCGAGGCAGCCGGUCUGCCGAUGCGGGACCUCCGUGGCAGUGACACCGGCGUUUUCGUCGGAGCCAUGGUGGACGACUAUGCCGCCAUGCUGCUGAGAGAUCUUGAUGACACACCUACCUAUGCUGCCACUGGUACUGCUCGUAGUAUCCUGGCCAACCGUAUUUCAUACGCCUUCGACUGGCAUGGCCCGUCUGUCUCACUCGAUACGGCCUGUUCGUCGAGUUUGGUAGCCGUCCAUAUGGCAGUGCAGACGCUACGAGCUGGAGACAGCCGUGUGGCCCUCGCCUGUGGUAGCAAUAUUAUCCUGGGACCCGAGAACUUCGUUACUGAGAGUAAAUUGUCUAUGCUUUCCCCCGACGGCCAGAGCCGUAUGUGGGAUGCUGCUGCCAACGGCUACGCUCGAGGUGAUGGUGUUGCCGCCGUGGUGCUCAAGACACUGAGCGCUGCCCUCGCGGAUGGUGACCAUAUCGAGUGCAUUAUUCGUGAAACGGGCCUGAACCAGGACGGUGCUACCCCUGGUAUCACCAUGCCCAGCUCAUCCGCCCAGGAGGCUUUGAUCCGACAAACUUAUGCCAAGGCUGGCCUUGACAUUGUAAACAACCCAGAAGAUCGCUGCCAGUACUUUGAAGCCCACGGAACUGGUACACCAGCUGGUGACCCCGUCGAGGCCAAGGCCAUUCACGACGUCUUCAGCUCUCUUCAGACGCCAGAAACUCCCCUAUAUACCGGCUCAAUAAAAACUGUUUUGGGUCAUACUGAGGGUACUGCCGGAUUGGCAGCUGUCAUCAAGGCAUCUCUGGCAAUCCAGCACGGCAGCAUCCCGCCCAACCUUUUGUUUAACAAGCUCAGCGACCGAGUUGCCCCCUUUUACAAGAACCUUGAGAUCGCAACGGUCGCCAAGCCGUGGCCCAAGUGCUCCGUGAGGCGAGCCAGCUGCAACAGCUUCGGAUUUGGUGGUGCCAAUGCGCACGCCAUCCUGGAGUCUUUCCAAGAGGAAGCGGACUCCGCAGCAGCAGGAGAGGACACCCAAUCCCUCUUCACCCCCUUCGUUUUCUCAGCAUCAUCCGAGGCUUCUCUCCGAGCAAACCUCGAUCAAUAUCGCGAGUUCCUUGCCACCGACAAAGCCAAAGCCCUCAACAUUGGCGAUCUCGCCUGGACACUGCGUCAACGUCGGUCGACCCUCGGCUGGCGAGCUUCUGUCACUGUCCCAUCCCCACCAACCGUCGAGGCGCUGCUCGGCGCACUCGAGGAUGCUCCAACUGUAGUCAAGGCUCUUCCUGUGGCCUUGAACAAGGUCCUGGGAGUCUUCACUGGUCAGGGCGCUCAGUGGCCGCGUAUGGGCGCUGGUCUUAUCCAACAGUCCAAGGCGGCGCGCGACUUCAUUCAGGAGUUGGACCAGCAUCUCUCCACCCUCGGCAGCGAUGCUCCAGAUUGGUCUCUUGAGAAAGAGCUGCUUUCCGAAGCUUCUUCCUCUCGCGUUCACGAGGCCGCAUUCUCACAGCCUCUCUGCACGGCAGUCCAGCUCCUGGUCGUCCAUCUGCUGCGCAAUACCGGCGUCCGCUUCUCUGCCGUUGUUGGUCACAGUUCAGGAGAAAUCGCCGCUGCCCACGCCGCGGGUUUCCUCUCGGCCCGUGAUGCUAUUUGCAUCGCAUACUACCGUGGUCUUCACCUUGCCCGACUCAAUGAAGUUCAAAGCGCUUCUAAGCAACAGGGUGCUAUGCUGGCAGUCGGCACCUCUCCUGAGGACGCUGCCGAGCUGUGUUCCGAUGACAUGUUCAAGGGCCGUAUCGUCGUGGCCGCCGUCAACUCGGCCACCAGCGUUACUAUUUCGGGUGACUUGGAGGCCAUCAAGGAGCUGGAGGUUAUCCUGCAAGACGAGGGCACCUUCAACCGCCGCCUCAAGGUGGACAAGGCAUACCACUCGCACCACAUGCUCCCACUGUUCGAGCCAUAUGUGGCCUCGCUCCAGAAAUGCGGUAUCUCGCCUCUUGCUGGAGAGUCGGACUGCACUUGGUUCUCCAGCGUCCACAGCAAGCCUGUGGCCAUCAACGGCGCCGCUGCUGUGAACCUCAGUGACAAGUACUGGGCAGAGAAUCUUGUCCAACCCGUCCAGUUCUUGCAAGCCCUCACUCUCGCUUCAGAAGCCAAGCUGUGCGAUGUCCUGGUCGAGGUCGGCCCUCACGCUGCCCUCAAGGGUCCCACCACUCACACCAUUGGAAAUGCUCCCCAUCAUGGAUCGCUCGCUCGUGGAUCCGGCGAUGUCGAGUCUUUGUCUUCCCUCGUGGGUUUCCUCUGGUCGUAUCUGCCUCCUGGAACCAUCAACCUCGACGCUUACGAGCGGGCCAUCACCGGCCAGCAAGAGAAGCGAUUCAAGCUCGUCAAGAACCUCCCCUCCUACAGCUGGAACCACAACACGCGCUUCUGGCACGAGUCUCGAGUCUCCAAGAAACUGCGAACGAGACCUGAGAAUGUCCACCCGCUGCUUGGCCACGCAGCACCUCACAGCAGCCCUCACGACAUGAGCUGGAAUCACCGUAUCCGAGUCUCUGAGCUGGAUUGGUUGGAGGGACAUCGUGUCCAGGAUCAAAUCAUUCUUCCAGCUGCAGGCUAUGUGUGCACUGCCAUUGAAGCAGCCCGCCAGGCCGCUGGUGAAGCAUCGAUCCGGCUUAUUGAUGUGUACGACUUCGUCAUCCACCAGGCUGUCGCUUUCGACCAAGAGGACGACGCACGUGGUGGCAUCGAAAUCCUCGUCAGUCUCUCCGAUAUUGAGCGAACCAAAGAUCACAUCCGUGCCAGGUUCGUCUACUCGAUUGCUCGACCUCAACGCGACGACAACCUCCAGCUGGCUGCGAGCGCCACUGUCGACGUUCUGCUCGGAGAACCGGACAAGGCCCUGCUCCCUGCGAAGAAGAACCCAUUGUCUCACGCCAUUGAGGUUGAUCCCGAACCCUUCUACUCCGCGCUGCUGGACCUUGGCUAUGGCUUCUCGGGCCGUUUCCAGUCGCUGUCAGAACUGCGCAGGAAGAACCGCCGCUCAGGCUGCCAGAUGCGCCGGGAGCGUCAAGAGGACGAGGCCGGUCUGUUGAUCCAUCCUAUCGAGCUCGAUGCCGCGCUGCAGUCCGUCAUGUUGGCACACAGCUACCCAUACGAUCAGGAGUUGACUAUCAUGCAUCUGCCCACCACAAUUCGACAUGUUAGACUCAACCCGGCCUGCUGGGGCGCCGAUGGUGGCAACGUGUUCCCCAUUGAAUCACAACUGACCAAGGCCAAUGCAUCGGGUAUCACCGGCCAAAGUGCCAUCUACAGUGCCUCAACCCCGUCUCAUGCUGCCGUUCAGCUUCAAGAUGCGACAUUCCUUCCUCUCGGUGCUGCUCGUAUUGAGGAACGCAAGGUCUUCUCCAAAGUAGACUGGAUCCCCUCCCUUCCUGACGGUAUCGCAGCCGCCACCCUAGCCACCGAAUCCGACUCGCGUUUCAUCAGGCUCCUGGAGCGUAUCUCCAUCUACUACCUCAGGCAGUUCGACCGCGACGUCAGUGCUGAUUCCCCCAAGCGCCGUGAGGCUCCAGAGAGUUGGUACCUGAACUUUGCGAAACACGUCGUCAGCGUUGUCGACGCUGGACAACACAAAUGGGCUGAGGACAGCUGGAAGAAUGACACCCGAGCCGACCUCGACGCUGCUGCCCGAGAGGCAGGGCUUGAGGACACGCCUGAUGUGCAAAUCAUGCACCUCGUGGGAACGCAGAUGCCGCGCGUGUUUGCGGGAGAGACAACAAUGAUCGAGCAGUUCCGUGCCGAUGGCUCCGAUAUUCUGGACCGCUACUACGCGGGCGGCUUCGGUUUCCGUGAGACGGCCGAUUGGGUUGGCCAGGCAGUCAAGCAGCUUGUCGACCGCUACCCUCACUUGAACAUGCUCGAGAUCGGAGCGGGUACAGGUUCAGCCACGAAGGCAGUGUUUGGCAGAAUCAACAAGUCCUUCAAGUCGUACACUUACACCGAUCUGUCGCCCUCUUUCUUCGAAAGGGCCGGAAACACCUUCAGCACCCAGAAGGAUCGCAUGAUCUUCAAGACGCUCGAUAUUGGACGUGAUCCCGCCGCUCAAGGCUUCGCCACGGGCACUUACGACCUCGUCGUCGCUUACCUUGUCCUUCACGCCACGCCUGAUCUCGAGGUCUGCAUUGCCAACGCACGCAAACUCCUCCGGCCUGGCGGUUUCUUGGUCGUGGGUGAGGGUCUGGAUGCGUGGGACGGCAUUGCCAGUGGUGGCUUCAUCUUUGGCCCCUUGGACGGAUGGUGGCUCGGCGCUGGUACGCAUGAGAACCGCACUCUGUCGCCGCAUGUCACGGCCGCCGAGUGGGAUCGCAUCCUGCGUAAGACAGGCUUCUCUGGCAUCGACGCACGCACGCCCGUUGAGUUCGAGGGCAUCUUCAGCAAGGUCGGCUUCGUCGCGCAGGCCAUCGACGACACAGUCCGCUUCCUCCGACAGCCCAUCGAGGCUCCUCGACAACAAGAUGUCGUUGACAAGUUGGUUCUCGUCGGUGGUAAGACACCACGCACUGAGAAACUCAUCAAAGGCCUCAGCGACAUCUUCACCUCGCGCAAGCUCGCACGCCAGGUGCACCACUUCUCCUCUUUGCAAACUGUUGAUCACAGCAUCGCAGAUGCUUCUUCCACGGUUCUCAGUCUAAGUGAGCUCGAUAUGCCCGUCUUCGAGGACAUCACCCUGCGCAACGACACCGAGGCUUUCGAGGGAGUGCGACGCAUGUUCGGCGCGGGCAAGACGCUCCUUUGGGUUACAAACGGAAGAGUUGAAUCAACGCCCUUUUCGAACAUGACAGUCGGCUUCGGGCGUGUGGCGGAGAACGAGACGCCUGACCUGUUCUUGCAGCAGCUAGACGUAAUUGAUCCCGACAGCGUCCAGCCUGAGGUCCUGGCCGAGGCGCUGUUGCGUUUGCAUCACUUUGCAGCUGAGAAGAACAGUGGCAGAGACACUGGCGGCACCGUUUGGAGCUCCGAACCCGAGGUCAUCAUCGAGCAGAAUGGCCGUCAGCUUCUCUCAAGAAUCAGACCCAUUUCCGAGGUCAAUGACAGAUACAUGUCCGCACGUCGCACUGUUACACGCCCACGAGAUCUUAGCAAGCAGUCUGCGGCUGUUGUGCUGGAGUCCACAGCUUCUGCUGGUCAGGAGACUGGGCCUACUGUUGCUCUUCGGGAGUUCCCAGGCCAGAACCCCUUCAUCGAGAGUCUCAGCGACGCAGGAACAACUGUUUCAGAAGCCUCCGUCGAGCUACAGACGGUUCUUUCCACGUCAUCUGCUAUCCGAUGCGGCGCCCUGGGCUACAUGUUUGUGGUGCUUGGAGCGCAAGCUGAUGGGAAACGAUACCUCGUUCUCAGCAGCUCUCUCGCUCCUCGUCUGAGAGUGCCUGCCUCAUCAGCCGUGGCUGUUCCUGACAAUGGGGACGAUCACACUACGCUGGCAGCUCUCUCGGCGCAUCUGAUCGCCACGGAAAUUAUCCGCCCCCUGACGGGACUCAAGGCAGUUCUGGUCGCUCACAACCCGCCACCUCUUGUGUCAGUAGCACUUCGCAUCCAGUCCGAGAUUCAGGGCAUACAGGUCGUGUUCACAACGGAUUCUGCUGACGGUGACGAUUCUUGGAUCCGCCUGCCUCCGUUUGCAACGCAGUCUGACAUGGGCGAAUUAUUGCUGCAACUCCCUACCAUCCCGUCUGCCUUUGUUGGCUUCUCCAGCCAAGAUGGCCUUGACGGCGAGGCAACCUUGGUCAGCGCCUUACAAAGCCAGAACCGCUCACUUGUUAUUUUGAGCACUGAUUCCCUAAGCUCGAGCGUUGGUACAGCGAACCGGGCUGUUUCUCCUGCUGCCCUGGGAACUCUGCUGAGCAAGGCACUCGCCGAUGUAAAGGCCUCAGCUCAGACUGGUUACCCUGCCCCGAUUACCGAGCGUCUUGAAGACCUCGUUGAGGGAACCGCUCGUCUUCAGGAAGGUCCUGAGUCGCUGAGCUUGAUCGACUGGACAGUUAGCUCGGCUCUUCCUGUACGCAUUAGCCGUCUCGAUGCCAAGCCCAUGUUCAAGGCCGAUAAGACCUACUGGGUUGUCGGUAUGUCCCGUGCCUUGGGUCUCGCUCUCGCCGACUGGAUGAUCGAUGCGGGUGUCAAAACACUGGUCAUGACAAGUCGAACGCCCGAUAUCUCUGCAGACUGGCUGGCGAUGCAUGAGCGCAAAGGCGUUAAGGUCGUUGUCCUCCCUUGCGAUGUGACUGAUGAAGCGGCUCUGCACAAAGCUCACGCUCAGAUCGUCAGCACCCUCCCAGAAAUCGUCGGUGUUAUCCAUGGUGCCAUGGUUCUCCGAGACACGUCAAUCCUCAAGAUGACAUUUGACCAGCUGAUCGACGUGCUCCGUCCCAAGAUCAUUGGUGGUCUCAACUUGGACCGUCUGUUUGCCAAGACAAACCUCGACUUCUUUGUUCUCGUGUCUUCCAUCAACUGCGUCAUUGGCAACCACGGUCAAGCCAACUACGCUGCCGCCAAUACAUUCCUCUGCGGACUUGCCGGAGCGAGACGGAAGCGCGGACUCCGCGCUGCAACGGUCAAUGGUGGUGCCAUUCUCGGUGCGGGUUACAUGCAGCGAGAGUUGGCUCGUGGCGAGCUCGACGCUAUUGUCCGCCGAUACCGCAUGAUGCGCAUGUCAGACGGUGAUUGGUGCCAGUCCAUCUGCGAGGGUAUCGACGCAUGCCGUCUGGAGAGUCCUGUUGGACCCGAGCUGACCACGUCCAUUGCUGACGUUGAUUUCGACGAGGCGGGUGCCCUUGACGCGCCACUAUGGUGUAAGAACCCCAAGUUCAGUGCGUUUGUCGUCGUCAACGACGGCCGUGAUGAUCAGGCAGACGCUGGUAAUGUUGCUACUGCGAGCGUUGGGGAGCGGCUGCGACAGUGCCAGUCGCUGGACGACGCGAGAGAGGUCGUUAAGGAGGCUUUCGCCGCUCAAGUGCGCACUGCCUUGGGCCUGGACGCUUCCACGACGGACCAAGAACUCAUGGCUUCGCGUUCAACCGACCUCGGUAUCGACUCGCUGGUCUCUGUGGACCUUCACUCGUGGUUCCUGCGCAAUCUCCAGGUCAACGUACCAACCCUGAGUAUCAUGGGAAGCGGAAGCCUGGCAGAUCUCGUCCAGCAUGCCGUGGAGAAUCUGCCCACGGAGCUGCUGGCCGCUUCCGAUGAUAGCAGCGCGCAGAGCUCUGGAGGCUCUACUCCUUCCCGAACUUCGGGCAGCGCCACCUCGGUCUCUGAUGAGGGGGACAAGAAGGCCAAGCCGGCAGAGAUCUCGGUCGACUGGGAGGCAGAGACUAAGGUACCAGCUGACAUGCUCGGAGAACUCGUCGACUCUCGCGUUGGUGGAAAACCCACGGCAACCGGAGUUGUGAUCCUGACGGGUUGCACCGGUCUUCUCGGCCGGCACUUGCUCAGACACCUCUUGGCCCAUCCCUCCGUCACUCAAGUUCACUGUCUGGCGGUGCGUAACCUCGACCAGCGACUCGCAAAGGGCUCUCUGCCGUCAAACCAGCGCGCCGUUUACCACGCUGGUGACCUUGGCAAGCCAUUCUUUGGCCUCUCAGAGUCGACGGCGCAGUCCGUUUUCGAUUCGGCCUUUGCUGUCAUCCACUGCGGUGCAGACACUUCGCAUGUUAAGCACUUCAUGGACGUCCGGGCAUCAAACCUGGGCUCGACUAUGCAGAUCGCGCGCGAGUGUCUAAGGCGUCACAUUCCGAUGUACUACGUGUCGUCGGCGGGUCUGGGUAUGCUGCACAAGAACAGCAAGGAGGAUGGUUUCCCUGCGGCGCACAUUGAUAUACCAGAGGAAAUGAUCCCCGAUGGAACUGAAGGUUACAUGUGCAGCAAGUGGGCGAGCGAGAAGUUCCUCGAGCAGGCGUGUGCGCUGACCAAUCUGCGCGUCGAGAUCCAUCGCCCUUCGACCAUUGUGCGUGAGGGAAGCGAUGCUGUCGGCGAUGAGGCAGAGAAGGACUGGGUCAACGCCUUUAUCAAAUAUGCUAGGAUUCUGGGGGCGGCGCCCGAGUCUCGACGCAACAGGGGAUUCAUGGACCUCGUGCUCGUCGAUACAGUGUGCAACGGCAUUAUUGGGCGCAUGUUUGACGACAGCCAGUCUGCCGUGGUUGUCGAGCGCAACGACGUGACUUACUUCAACGAGGUGGGAGACGAAGUGAUUGCUCUCGAUGGUCUGAAGACUAUUGGUCAAAAUGGACAGCCCGACGGCGAGGCCCUCAAAGUGCUUCCCAGAGAGGAAUGGACGAAGCGUGCUGUGGCCGCCGGUCUGCAUCCUGGUGUUGGUGUGCUCAUUGAGACAAUGGAUGAGGCUGGUGUCAACUACCCGAGAUUGUGGAGGGGUAUGAGCGGUCGUCGAGUUUGA